AUGACAGUAGUCGAUCGAAAGUCGCGAGUUGCCAUCGUUGGGGGUGGCUUGGUUGGAGCUUUGGCUGCCUGUUUCUUUGCAAAAAGGGGACACGCUGUGUCUGUGUACGAAUACCGUGCAGACAUCAGAAUGGAGGAUUCCAGGGGGCAGAGCAUUGACUUGGCUCUGUCGGUUAGGGGACGAGCAGCUUUGAAGGCUGUUGGCCUUGAAAAAACUAUAGUGGAUCAGCAUGGUAUCUGUAUGCGUGGCAGAAUGCUUCAUGGCAAAGAUGGAAGCCUCAAGGAAAUCAUUUAUGAUAGCGUAAAGGGAAACUGUAUUUAUUCUGUCAGCAGACGUUACCUGAACGUGCUUCUGUUAAAUGCUGCCGAAAAAUAUCCCGAAGUGGUUCUCUAUUUCAACAAGAAAUUGGUAGACGCGGACUUGGAUAAUGGAACAAUGAAGAUCUUCGAUACAAAAACAGAAACUAUAGAGGAAAUACAAGCAGAUUUAAUAAUUGGCGCAGAUGGUGCCUAUUCGAAAGUCAGGAAGAUAAUGAUGAAGAGGCCGCUCUUCAAUUGCAGUCAGACAUACAUCGAGCACGGUAUGUUUCAUUCAAAUAUUCGUAUCUUUGCGGCCGGUAAUCCGUCCUUUGCGAUGAGCGGUCAUCAUCUGCACAUCUGGCCGCGAGGAGAGUUCAUGAUGAUCGCCCUACCGAACGAGGACUACACUUUUACCGCGAAUAUAUUCGCGCCUUUCGCGACUCUGGACAAACUGAAAACGUCCAAGGAUCUCUUGGAAUUUUACGAAGCACAGUUUCCCGAUUUCGUACGUAUGAUCGGUAGGGACAGGCUGGUAAAAGAUUACUUCGAAAGGCAGCCCAAGACACUGAUUUCUAUCAAGUGCAAACCUUAUCACGCUGGAAAGAAAGCUCUUCUUGUUGGCGAUGCUGCACACGCCAUGGUGCCAUUUUACGCUCAAGGAAUGAACGCUGGAUUCGAGGAUAUGUUAUUGUUAGACGAGCUAAUGGAACGUUAUGAAUCAGACUUCGGUAAAGUGCUACCAAUGUUCACUGAACUGCGAUCCGACGAUGCUCACGCGAUAUGCGAUCUUGCUAUGUACAAUUACGUUGAGAUGAGAGAUCUAGUUAAUAGAAAGUCGUUCCGUUUCCGGAGAAGCCUGGACACGUUUCUCUAUCGUCAAAUACCGAACACGUGGAUACCGUUGUACAGUACCGUGCACUUUUCACGAAUGAAAUUCCGCGACUGCAUCGCGAACAAGGAAUGGCAGGACAAGAUUUUACGUACGUCCGUUUGGUCCACUGUAUUCGUGAUUCUCGCGAUAUUGCUCGUGCAAGUCAUGGAAAAAUACUCCAUGAAGUGUGUACUGUUUUAAUCGCUGGUUCAACAAAACUGUGUACAACCGUUAAUAACGCAGUACUAUGGCUACUGCAUCGAAUCACAUUUUCUAUUAAAAAAGAAAAAACAUUUUCCUCAUGCAUUCGAUCUCUUCUUUCCCAUUUGUAACGUACUAAUUAUUCCACACUCCCGCGUCACAAACCCGUAAUACAUCGAUCAUAUACAACCGUGUUUGAGCAAUACUCGUUUUAAGGCUUCCACCUCGAAGAGUCCUUUUUAACAAUUCAAUUAAAACGUAAAUUAAUAUUCAACCCCUUAACAAUAGGUUUCUUACGUAAUGUCUUGGGAAAGCACACAUUCUGACUAAUAGAGUUCCAUUAAUGCACCAUUGCUUUCAUUCUCUCUCUUUCUUCUUCACUUACCACUCCACUCGUAAAGUUACUAAGAAACAUGACUGACUGACAGAAAUGUUCGUCGACGAGUCCUCGACACAGGCGACAAUUUCGUCGACUUGUCGACGUUCG